ACGCAAUUUGAGCUCCGUUGGCUCAAGUGAUUUUAUAAAGAAUUCUCAUAGGGCAGUCUGCUAUUUCAUUCAUUCGUGUACUGUCUUCUCAUCGCACUGUGAUUUUUUUCGAUUUUCAAACAAAUCUUGUACAAAUACCAUUGAUAAUAUGAUAAAAUACUCGCUAAAAUCAACAAAUAUUCAAAUCAUUUAAUUUAACAAUAUGGAUUUUAACUUCAAAAUGUUACACACAUUUAGUGGUUUAAUCUUUUUGGUAGUUUUAGUUCUGGCUGAAGUUGAAACAGCUGUAUUUCCGGAAGGCGACCAAUACUCAUAUCAGUUCUCCAACGAUGUAUUCAUAAAAGAUUUUAAGAAUGGCCGACCGGUUGCUUAUCGCUUGGUUGGAACUGUAAAUGUGGCCAAUAUUUUGACUGCCGACGACGAUGUAAAAUUGCUAAAAUUUACAUUGGAAUCGCCUGAAUUGCACGUUCGACCUCAUGGAUCCGAUUCUCAAACGGAGUUCAAGUAUCACAAAUCACCUCUCGAUGGCUAUAAAAACAAUGAUUUUUAUGCCGUUUGGAGUGCGGGAAAUGUCAGCACUAUCUAUUACAAUUCAAAAGAGAAUUUAGCGCUGGUAAAUUUAAAGAAAUCGAUUGUAAGUCUUUUCCAUUAUAAGACGUCAGAAGGUUCAUACACAGAGAAUCGUGGCUCUGGACAGUGUGAAGUCACUUACAGAGAUACAUCUCCAACUGCAAUACGUCGCAUGAAACAAAAUUGUGUGAGUGAAACAAAAGCACAGCACAUCAUUCGCCCCGAGGAGCCAUUGAAAGCAAGUGUUCAAAACCAUCGCAGCACCGACUAUCAAUUCUUCCCCGACGGUUCGAUUGAGAAAAUUGAGAGCAGAGACUAUUUCCAAAUUGCAUUGGAGGCAAAUCGUGAAAUCGGUGGCAGCGUUGAUUCAAGGGUUGUACUACGCACCGAUGGUCAUUUAACCAAAACUAGCAAAGCCGAUACCAAAACGCCCAAAGAAUUUUUGUCACAAUUGAACAAUUACAAGGGUGAGACGCUCGAAACGAGUCGACAACAUCUUGAAGUGCCACUCAAUUCAAAUAUUAAAAAAGCGAUCAAAGAGCAUGUAGACGAUUUGGCUACCUCAAAUAUUGGAACCGUUCAGUCGGCAAAAGCAUUCCUCAACAUUUUGCCAAUUGCGCGCGUUGCAAAGAAAGAAGAAAUCGUUGAAUUGCUUCAGUCGAAGAAACUGAAUAAAAUCAAGCCGCAAAUUUUGGAUAUCUUAGGCGCAUCUGGCACUGUUGCAGCUCAUGAUUCCGUUAAGGAGGUAGUUGACUUUCAGGAUGAGAUGGAAUUUGACAAUGUUGAACGAUAUCUACAAGCAUUGGCCAUUGGUUCUCGACCCAAUUCAGAGAUAAUUCUGGAUUUGUUAAAAUUAGUCAACGAUAAAUCAAUUGGCGAGAAAGUUAAAAUCACAGCUAUUCAUACUCUCGGUUCGAUGGCCAGACGAUAUGCGGCACAAUCAAAUGAAAGCUAUUCCAGUGAUGUUGUGGCUAAAGUUCAGAAUUAUUUUAAUGAGUCGAUAGUAACCUGCACUGAUAUACCAUGCUAUGUCCAGUACUUGAACGGUAUCAACAAUUUGCAGUCCAUUGGAUUCAUUGAUCAACUGUUCGAGUAUGUAAACGAUACAGAUCGAUCAAUUUCAGUGGCAGCAAUGAAAGCUUUACGUAGUUUUCCGGCUUCAGUUUGGAAUGAAAAUCACAUUCGACAAUUCGAGGAGAUCUUCUAUCAGGUUGAAAAACGUUUUGAUUCCAGUGUCCGAACAUUGGCUUUGGAUAUUGUGUUGAAUUCGAAAUUUUCUGAACCACAACUGAAAAAAUUGUUGGCACAUUUAAAAGCCAAAGAUCGUGCAUUCGAAGUGAAAAAAUACCUUUUGGAAAUGGUUCAAAUGUUCAGUUCGGAAAAUCAAGAAUUGAAUGAACAAGUGCAGCGAAUUAUUAAGAGCGACAGUGAAUUGAACAAUUAUCAUAUCAUCGCACAAAAAGGUAUGACAACGGCAUUGUCCAGAAAGUAUUCGGUGCGAUCACCAUUCAAUGGCACUUUGACCAGUAUUCAGGAGAUCUUUGGCGGAAUUUUAAAACGAGGCACCGUUGACUUGACUAUUGAUUCACCAAAAGAAAGCUACAGCUAUUUUACGUUGGGAUUAUAUUCCGGUGGAUUGACAUCAUUUGUGAGCAGUAACACAGACACAAAUGAGGACAAUGAAGAAGUUCCCGAAGAGCCCGCAAAUGCUGGCAUGGAAAUCACUGUUCAAGGUUCAUAUUUGCGACCGUUGCAAUUUUUCAGUGGACAAGGAGAACUCAUGGGACACGUAUGGAGUGGCACAGCAUCGGAACCAACACCUGCCUAUCUCGCAAACACACUCCUUCACGAUCAUCAUGAAACACUACAAAUACAAAACGGAGCCACGGUUCACAUUGAUAUAGAGAGUGCAUUGUCAAUUGACUUGAAUGGAGCCAUACAACUAAGUCUAUGGGGACGCAAUGCUCAAAUUCAAGUUGACAAAAAUGUCGGUCUUUAUAUUGCUGGUAAAAUUCUAGUGAACGCCGGUUUUGUGACACUCGAUUUGAAUUUCAAUUUGGAAAAAGAGCCAAAACUUAAUCUGAACAGCGAUGUUGACUUUUCGUCGGAGAAUGUUUUGUGCAUGCAACUUAGUCAACCGGAUGACGUGUUCAGAUACGAAAUGGUGAAAAAUCAAAUCAUACCCGAGAUUAAACACCAUGUGAAAUCGAUCAAAAAAUUCAAAUACAAUAUUGCUGGAAUCACACAUUAUUUGAAUAAGAAAAACAAUGAGAUGUGCAAUAAAAUAUUCGCCUCUUAAAUAUAUUGAUAAAAUUAUGCAAUUAA